AUGAGCUCCAAGCGACAGUCUGCACCGCCACCGCCACCGGCCACCGGCACCCAGUCCACCACCGCUACCUGCGACUGCGUCUUUGACAUCAAAGGCAACCAAGUUCAUACUUGCACUGCUGCUUCUCACACUCCUCAACCUGUUGUGGCGCCUGAACGAAACAAUGCCAUGCGUGACGCCGCCUUGGGCUACAUCGGUAGCCAGUUCGACGACAAAUAA